UGUCACGCAGUCGUCGUCGUAGUUACUACAGCUGAUAGAAUUUGAUAGAAGUCGAGUUUUCGUUCAAGUCGUAUUUAAAAAAUGCCCUUAAAUGUCGAAUUUUAAAAGUGAACGUUUUAUAAGUUAACAUCUUUGUGUGAAUAUUGUGUUUCAUUAGAUAGCACGUUAUCUAUUAGCUACGUGUAAUAUUCAGUAAUUGUUAUGUGGUAGAAGUGGAUAAAUUGUGCAUCCAUCUGGUUCAUAUAUAUUUAUGAAACAAGGAGAAUUCUUACAUAUAAAGUAGGUCGCUAAUAUUCAAAUAUGAGUGAAUCGGAAAAGCGAUUAAUAAACGCCAUCAAACACUAUCAAGAUAGUCUAGACAGACAUGCAAAUAGUGGAACUUCUGAGAAGUUGCUGCAUGCGAUUGAUAAACUAUCGAGAUUACCAAUAAAAGUGUGCCAUUUGGAAGAGACAGGCGUUGGAAGGACAGUGAAUGCCCUCAAAAAAGUUGGAGGCACCGUUGGUGAAAAUGCAAGAAUAUUGGUUGAUAAAUGGAAAUCAAUGGUAAAGGGUGAAGAAGAGGCAGAACAAGAGUUAGAAAAAGAGAAUGAAGCAGACAAUGAUGAAGCAGAAUCCCCUGAUGAUGAAGAUGCAGGGGAAAGUUUACAAAUAUGUGAGAACGAGACAGGUAGUGAUUUAGAAAAAGAAGCUGAAAAAAGUGAGGAAGAUACUGACAAACAUCAAAGAACACCAUCAAAGAAAGAUAGUAAAUAUAAAGAGAAGGAAAGCAAAAGUAAAGAGAGACAUAAGAAUCAAUCAAAAAGGUCUCAUUCAAGCGAUGAUAGUUCUUCAUCUGAUGAAGAGACAAAACACAAAUCCAAAAGUCAUAAGUCUCAUCAUAAAUCAUCCAAAUCUAGUCGCAAAAGUAGUUCCAGUGAUAGUAAUAGUGAGUCUGACAGUGAUGAAUCAAAUAGUGAUAGGAAAUCGGCUUCCAGAAAAAGCAGAUCUAGAAAAAGUUCCUCCUCCUCCGAGUCCAGUGAAAGUGAAAGUUCUGAAGAGGACUCGUCUGUCGAAAGAAAAUCUAAAAAGUCUUCAUCGCAUCAUCACAGUGAUAAAAAACAUAUGAAAAGGCAUAAUUCUUCUGAUUCAGAGGAUAGUGAUACUAAACAUAAAAGUAAGAGUUCCAAAGAAAAGAGGGAAAAAAGUAGUGAGUCCAAAAACAAUAAACAUAAAAGUGAGUCCACGUCAAAAGACAGAAAAACACCAAAAGUUAAAGAGAGUGAUAAUGAAAUUAAGAAAUCUAGCAAAUCUGAAGACAGAACUAAGACUAAAGAUGAUAAAUCCAAAAGGGAUAAUCACGAUAAAAAGGAGAGUUCUAGAUCUAGUAGUAGUAAAUCAACAAGCAGUGAAAAAGAAAAAUCUAAAGCUAAAAAUGAUGUUGAGAAUGAACGGCACAAAUCAAAAGUAAGUGAAACUAGUGAAUCAAAGAAAAGUAGCUCAAAAUCUGACAAAAAUCAUAAAAGUGAGAAAAAAAGAGAAAGAGAAUCGUCUACAGAACGCUCUCCUUCGAAGAGAGCCAAAGAAUCUAAAGACAGUUCUUCAGAACGUAGCAAGAGCAAAGACAAAAAAGAAAAGGAUAAUGCAGAUAACAAGAAGGAUAAAAAUGUCAAGAAAGAAAGUGGUGGUAGUACUAGUAAUAAUAAAAAUAAUAAACUGAAACCCCAGCAAAAAUCAGCAGUAAAGUCGAUAAACGGUAUUGAUUCUGAAUCUGGCGCUAGCUUUGCAGAUGUUUUGGGAAUGUUAGAGCCCAGUAUGUAUAAGUCUAAGAAGAAAUCGAAUGAUACUCUAGUGGUUCAGGAGAAAGUGAAGACCAAAGAAGAUAAAAGCCAAAAAUUGGAGAAGCAGAACAAGUCUAGUACAAGUAGUAGUAGUAGUAGUAGUUCUGUGCCAAUACCAGAGGAAUUGAGCUUACUGAAGGAACCCAAUUUGGAACCCUUGGAUAUUAAUAUUUCCAGUCUACUACCAUCUAUCACACCGAAUAAUUAUAGACCUGUGAGUUUCCCAAUUGAUACUCAACCUAAGAAAUUUUUGUCACAAGAUGAGGCUUUAAAUCAUGUUAUUUCAGCAAAGCACCAGCGCACCAAAGUUUACUCAGGCAACAAGGUUGGCUGUGGAAAGGUUCCUUCACUAUUUGAUAUGUGUACUAGAAUUCUUCAGGAUAACAUAGAUGCUUUGGAAUAUACAGGAGGUGUCCCUUAUUCCAUCCUGAAACCAAUUCUGGAAAAAGGAACUCCAGAUCAGCUCUUCCAACUGGAGUUUCACAAUCCUUAUUUGAUAGAAGAUAGCGAUGAGUUAUGGUUGCUUCACUGUCAAAAGGAAUUUAGAAAUAAAAAACGGGAAGAAUUGGAAUCAUGGCGCGAAAUGUACAUGAGAUGCUUGGAUGAACGGGAGGCCAAACUGAAAGCUUUGACAGCUAACAUUAAACAGGCGCAGGACAAGUGCAUUCCUGUCAGGACGACCAAGCUAGCUUACGUAGACAGUGUGGCUAAACCACCCAGAAACAUAGCUAGAAGACAGGCUAAGAAUGGUACGUCUAUAGAUAUUAGGAAACCAUCAACUACGCCUACAGAAAGACUGAGCCAACUUGCCAAAUCCGGAGAGGCUGGAAAGAUGUCUGUUCCUAAUCCUGGAAGAGUGGCGGUUGAAAGAAGUAAUAAUCAUAGUCAUAGUUCCCACUUAAAACCGAAGAAGGCUCCGCUCAUGGCCAAAACGUUAUCCUUUUUGAAAGGUACUCGCUUUGGACGUAGAUAGUUCAGAACUGUUAGUUUAGUACCAAUUGAAUGAAUUCCUCUAUGACAACUUGCUUGUAUAUGGUCUUAAUUUUAUUUUUCUUAACUUAUUUUAAUGUUAAAGUUUCCCAUAUUUUAUUUACAACUUAAUAUAAACUGGAGUUUUUAUCACGCACAACCAAUAUUAAGUUAUUUUAGUACUGGAAUUACAGAUAUACCGGGCGUCUCAGUACCACUGUCGCCUCCAAUGAAAUACCUUAGUUUAUUAGUUUCGUAACAAUAUGCAAAACUCUUAAAAAAUACAGAGUUGUCAAAUGAAUUUGUAGACAUACUUUGAUUUUUUAUGAAAUUUUAGUUUCGGAGAUAUAGCAAAAAUCGGAACUUUUUUAAAAAAAAAUAA